AUGGAAAAGCAGUGGGUCCCGACGGUAUGCCAGUGGAAGCUACUGAAAGAAGACAGAUAUGAGUGGCUGACUCUAUUCCUCAAUAUGUUGUUGCUUAAAGAGGUAAUCCCAAAGGAAUGGUGUCAAACCAAUCGUACCCAACCCAAAGGAGAUGUUCAGGAAUGCAAUAACUAUCGAAGAAUAAAGUUCAUGUCACAUACUAUCAAAGUCUGGAAGAAAGUGAUUGAAAGAAGAAUAAGAGAUGAGAGUCAGAUAACCCAAAAUCAAUUUGGAUUUAUGACAGGACGCGGGACAACAGAUGCCAUAUUUGCAAUGCGCCAACUAUAUAAGAAAUGCAUAUGGUUUAUGUGA